UCUAAUCUUAAAAAUGUUUUGAUUGGUGAAAGUUUUAAAAUUAACGUGUAUGCAUUUAAUAAACACCGACAAAUUAAAAGCAUGGCGGCUCAAAACAAACGUAUUGUCUAUGUUGGGGGGCUGGCAGAGGAGGUAGAUGAGAAAACACUGCAUGCUGCAUUCAUUCCGUUUGGUGACAUCUUGGACAUACAGAUUCCUCUAGACUAUGAGACAGAGAAACACAGAGGAUUUGCGUUUGUUGAGUUUGAAUUGGCAGAGGAUGCAGCUGCUGCCAUUGAUAAUAUGAAUGAUUCUGAGAUGUUUGGCCGCACUUUAAGAGUUAACAUGGCCAAACCAAUGAAACUGAAGGAGGGCAGCUCACGAGCAGUGUGGUCUGAGGAUACUUGGCUCCAAGAGUAUGCAGGGAAAACAGCAGACAAAAAAUCGACAGAGGACCCAGAAGGGGAAACAGAGAAAUCUGUGGAAUCGGAUGCCCCGCCCACCAAGAAACAGAGGACAGGUAACCCCCAGGUGUACCUGGACGUCAAAAUAGGCAGCAGUACAGGUAGAAUUGUGAUAGAUCUACGAGCAGACAUUGUCCCAAAAACCGCAGAAAAUUUCCGAUGCUUGUGUUCACAUGAGAAAGGGUUUGGUUACAAAGGGAGCACUUUUCACAGAAUCAUACCCCAAUUUAUGUGUCAGGGAGGGGACUUCACCAAUCACAAUGGAACGGGGGGCAAGUCCAUUUAUGGUCGCAAAUUCGAGGAUGAAAAUUUCACUUUAAAACACACUGGACCAGGUAUUUUAUCGAUGGCAAAUUCAGGUCCAAACACAAAUGGUUCACAGUUUUUUAUCUGCACAGAAAAGACAGAUUGGUUGGACAACAAACACGUGGUGUUUGGGAAGGUGAUAGAGGGACUCGAUGUGGUCAGAAGGAUGGAGGCUUGUGGAACAAAGUCCGGAAAACCAACACAGAAGAUUGUGAUCACAAAUUGUGGAGAACUUGUUUAGCAAUAAAUGUUGUACUAUU